GGCGGGGCAGGCGAGGCCGUGCCCAGGUUAGGCUGAGGGGGAGGCGCCGCUCCAUCCUUCCCUUACCUGGGGGGCGAGCGCCGAGUCCCCGCAGCUCCGGCCGCCCGCCUGCCUGCCUGCCUGCCUGGCUGGGCAGCGCCAAUGCCGACAGGGGCCGGCUCGACCGCCCGCCCGCGCUUGCCCCCAAACGGCCCGGCCUCUUGGUAAGGGCUGCCAGCCAAAGUUCGCGCCAGUGUGUCUCCGUCAGAAACCGGGCACGCCAGAUGGGUCUCUAAGAGUUGAUGGUCACCGAUCGGGGGAAGCGGCUUUCAUGAGUUAAGGGCGGAGUUUUAUCUCGAACGGAGACCAUGUCAACGUGUGGGAUAGACGAUGACAUUCCUCAGGGAGAGCGGAAAACGGUUACGGAUUUCUGUUACCUGCUAGAUAAAUCGAAACAGCUCUUCAACGGCUUAAGAGAUUUGCCCCAAUAUGGGCAGAAGCAGUGGCAAUCUUACUUCGGCAGGACCUUUGAUGUUUACACCAAACUCUGGAAGUUCCAGCAGCAACAUCGACAAGUUCUGGACAAUCGGUACGGCCUGAAGCGCUGGCAAAUUGGAGAGAUCGCCUCCAAGAUUGGACAGCUUUAUUACCACUACUACCUUCGCACCUCUGAAACCAGCUAUCUGAACGAAGCGUUCUCCUUCUACUCUGCCAUACGGCAGAGAUCUUACUACUCCCAAGUCAACAAGGAAGACAGGUCAGGCUUGCCUGAGUUGGUAGUUAAGAAACUACGUUACUACGCCCGGUUCAUCGUGGUUUGCCUCUUACUCAACAAAAUGGUGGUGGUCAAGGAUCUUGUGAAGGAACUAUCGGAUGAGAUUGAAGAUUACACCCACCGUUUCAACACAGAAGAUCAAGUUGAGUGGAAUCUUGUCCUGCAGGAAGUGGCCGCUUUCAUUGAGGCAGACCCAGUCAUGGUCUUAAACGACGACAACACGCUGGUCAUCCUCUCCAACCGCCUAUCCGAAACAGGAGCCCCUCUGCUGGAACAAGGCAUGAUUGUGGGUCAGUUAACGCUGGCCGACGCGCUCAUUAUUGGCAAUUGCAACAAUCAGGUGAAGUUUAGUGAACUGACAAUCGACAUGUUCCGGAUGCUGCAGGCGCUGGAAAGGGAGCCCAUGAACCUCGCCACGCAGAUGAACAAGCCGGGGCUGCAGGAGAGCACUGAAAAACCAGCCAGAAGAGAAAACCCUCACAAAUACUUGUUAUACAAGCCAACUUUUAGCCAGCUCUACACCUUCCUUGCGGCAUCAUUUAAGGAGCUGCCCGCCAAUAGCGUGCUGUUGAUCUACCUGUCAGCCACCGGGGUCUUCCCUUCAGGUCGUUCGGAUAGUGAAGGUCCCUACGAUUUCGGGGGUGUCCUGACGAACAGCAACCGGGAUAUCAUAAACGGGGACGGAAUCCACAAACGUAACCAGUUGUACAAGGAAAUGCACUGCUUGCACCCAGGUGAUCUCUAUCCUUUCACCAGGAAGCCUCUGUUUGUCAUAGUGGAUUCGUCGAACAGCGUCGCCUACAAGAAUUUCACCAAUUUGUUCGGGCAGCCGCUGGUCUGCUUGCUUUCUCCGACCACGUAUCCGAAGGCGUUGCAAGAUCAAUCCCAACGUGGAAGCCUCUUCACUUUCUUCCUGAACAACCCUCUAAUGGCAUUCCUGUUUGUCUCCGGAUUAUCAAGCAUGCGCAAAGGACUUUGGGACAAAUGCCACGAUUACCUUCGUAAAAUCAACCGGGAUAUUGCACAACUCUUGACUCAUUCCCGCUCCAUAGACCAGGCCUUUCUUCAGUUUUUUGGAGAUGAGUUCCUCCGCCUGCUUCUAACAAGGUUUAUUUUCUGCUCAGCUACCAUGAGAAUGCACAAAAUCUUCCGGCAGGAAACGAGGAAUUAUCCCGAAUCGUAUCCUCAGCUGCCCAGGGAUGAAACAGUGGAAAAUCCACACCUCCAAAAGCACAUUUUGGAAUUGGCUUCGAUAUUGGAUGUCCGAAACGUAUUUUUGGAGACCACCCUCGACGAUUAUUAAGUGCGGAGAAACACGCGGUCUGGAGGUCUUCACUGCAGGGUUUUUUUUAAACCCUUGCUGCAAUUUCCCCCCCCCUCCCCCAAAAUGGUGCAGUUUUCUAAACCUGAACAUCGACUCUCUGAAACUCACACACGCGCACACACAAAGGAAUUGACUUGAGUUUUAUUUUUGAACUUGACAGGUGGGUUUUUUUUUCUUGUUUUUUUUUAAAAAAAAUAAAUGAAAUGGAAAGAAGAGGGAAGGGCGCACAGCUGUUCCAUUCUGCGUGGAUUUCAAUUUUGAUAAAAAAAAAAAAAAAAAAACAAACAAACCCCUCCUACGAAAGUUUUACAGUUUUAGACCGAAGCAAUCUGGUGGAUUUUGAAGCUUUUUUUUUUUUUGGAUUUGGAAGACGUCGCUGGCCACGCAACAACACACACACACAUACACACACACACACACACGUGUGUGCGCACACACUCACUCUCCCUCGAGAUUGACAAUGCAGCCAGUCACUUUUAAGCCCUCGUGUGCAGAUCCUUUAUUUUUGUACCGUUUUUAAAAAUUUGAAAGCAAAAAAUAAAUAAAUAAAUAAAAAAGAGGGGGAAAAAAAAGAAGAAGAAGAAGAAGAAGAGAGGAGGGAGGGGGAAAAAAUCAGAAAAAAUAAUAAUGAUCUUCUGCUCCCCAAAGAUUGAAAGAUUUAAAAGCUGAACGGCGGGACUUCAAAUGGUACAAAGCAGACAGCAAUAAGCGUGAAUUGAAGUCAAUAUGCUUCAUCAAUUCCACCCC